CAAAGUCCGAACCAACAACUUUGGACAGAAACACAUUUUCCUUCCUCGAACUUCCCACUUUCUUUCUUGCGUCUCAAGUCGCUCGCUCUCUCUCUCUCUCUCUUAUUAUAUAUGUAAUGUAAGUAAGACUCGUUCUUAUUAGUCGACGUUAAAAGUAGUAGUACCACUUUGGCCGCCACGCCCAAACCCAACAAUCUUGGACAACAAUUCUGUUCCAAAUUUCUUUUUUCCUUCAUCCUUCGUCUGCUGCAUACAAAAAAAGAAAAAGAAAAAGUUCAAUAGUUCAAGCCUUUUGAAUCUGGUUCUUAAUAUAAGAUCAAAGGGUAUCAGGUGUUGCUAUAAUAAACAUCCGGUACUACUCUCAUCAAAUGGCAUUGGCAAGGGUUGCUAGGAGUGGCUUGAGAAGGUCAGGAGGCUCCUUUGGCGGUAACAGAACUGAGGAUGUAUUCUGUGAGGGUGUAUCACCUUGCCAAUGUUCCAUGCCUUCCCUUGAAAAUGUCAGGGAAUACAUUAAUCUGUCAUACUUUUCCAGCACUAAAAAUGUAAAUCACAUGAGAUUUUGGAGCAGGGGGAUAAGGGUAAUGCCACAUUAUCAUUCUCCUGCUGCUGAGAUGGUAGCAGAAGUGUCUGAUUCAGAGUAUGAUGAGCCAAGGUAUCCAGGACUAGAAGCAACCAAGCCUGGUGAAAAGCCAAGGGUUGUUGUCCUUGGAACUGGGUGGGCUGCUUGUCGAUUCCUUAAGGGACUGGACACCAAGAUUUAUGAUGCUGUUUGCGUAUCACCUAGGAAUCACAUGGUCUUUACUCCUUUACUUGCUUCAACUUGUGUUGGAACCCUGGAAUUCCGGUCUGUUGCUGAACCUGUUAGUAGGAUACAGUCUGCAUUAGCAACAAGUCCUAAUUCUCACUUCUAUCUAGCUUCUUGCAUUGACAUUGACACCGACAAACAUGAGGUGUACUGUGAGACCGUUAGCAAUGGUGGAUUACCUAGUGAACCUUACCAAUUUAAAAUUGCCUAUGACAAGCUUGUCAUUGCUGCCGGGGCUGAGCCCUUGACUUUUGGAAUCAAGGGGGUGUAUGAAAAUGCAUUUUUCCUUCGUGAGGUGAACCAUGCCCAAGAAAUAAGGAAGAAGCUUCUCUUGAACUUGAUGCUCUCUGAAAAUCCAGGCAUAUCAGAAGAAGAGAAGAAACGGUUGUUACAUUGUGUUGUUAUUGGAGGUGGCCCUACAGGGGUGGAGUUCAGCGGAGAAUUGAGUGAUUUUAUAAUGAGAGAUGUUCGUGAGCGGUAUACUCAUGUCAAGGAUUAUAUCCAAGUCACACUCAUAGAGGCAAAUGAGAUUUUGUCAUCCUUUGAUGUCGGUCUACGUCAGUAUGCAACAAAACACCUAACCAAGAGUGGCGUUCACCUUAUGCGAGGUGUUGUGAAAGAGGUGCAUCCCAAGAAGAUAGUUCUCAAUGAUGGGACUGAUGUUCCAUAUGGCCUUUUGGUCUGGUCUACUGGCGUUGGUCCUUCCAAUUUUGUGAAAUCGCUGAAUCUUCCCGAGUCCCCAGGUGGAAGGAUUGGUGUUGAUGAAUGGUUGCGGGUUCCCUCUGUGGAAGAUGUGUUUGCACUUGGAGAUUGUGCUGGUUUUCUUGAACAGACAGGCAAGCCAGUUCUUCCAGCUCUAGCACAGGUUGCAGAAAGGGAAGGUAAAUAUUUGGCAGAGUUGUUUAACAAAAAAAUUGGGAAGAAGAAUGGGGGGAAGGCAUUAUCUGCAAAAGACAUCCCUCUUGGAGAACCUUUUGUGUACAAGCAUCUUGGAAGCAUGGCAUCAGUAGGCCGUUAUAAGGCACUAGUGGAUCUACGCCAAUCUAAGGAUGCAAAAGGCGUAUCCCAUGCUGGAUUUGUAAGCUGGCUGAUUUGGCGUUCAGCCUAUCUUACACGUGUUGUCAGUUGGAGAAACAGGUUUUAUGUGGCAAUGAACUGGGCAACCACACUAGUCUUCGGCAGAGAUAACUCCAGAAUAGGUUGACACAAAAUCAGUGCUUUGCUAGCAAGCUCUUGGUGAUAUAUAUUUGUUUUUUUUUGUUUUUUUUUUUUUCAAGGCAUUGAGACAAUUUGUGGAAUUUUGUUAAAGCAUCCAAUUUUAAGUUUGACUU